GAGGAGGGAGGAGAUCGGGAACGGCUCGUCGCCGCCGCCGGGCCCCGCUCCUCACCGCACCCCACCUCCGGCUGCCCGCCUCCCUCGCCGCCGUGGUCCGCGGCCCGAAGGGCAGAGCGGGGCCACGCGCCCAGGCGGGGGUGAACAGGGCGGGACGGGGUCGCCGGCCGGGCGGUGGGGUGGGCGAAUCGAUUCUGCGUGCGCGGCUGGGCAAGCCGAUAAAAGGGGGCGCCUUUGGACUGAGGAGGAGGAGGAGGAGGUGAUAUAUGUUCGUGCGGUGGGCGGUGGCUUCCGAGGGCGACCAGAGUUAGGUCCUUGGCGCCUUCAGUGCGGUGAGGAAGCGAUUGUGGAACAGGGGGUGCGGCGGGUGCUUCAGGCACAGGUGUUCGAGAGUCAGUCAUCCCGUUUGUGUUUCGUCCUUCCGCUAGACAUUGAAGGCGCAGUAAAAGAACCCAAAGAAUGGGUAAGAAAGGAAAGUGGUUUAGUGCGGUGAAGAAAGUCUUCAGCUCCUCUGGUACAGAUGGAAAGGAAGCAAAGGCUGAGAAAGCAGACAAGUCAAAAUCCAAGAGGAGAUGGCCAUUCGGAAAAACGAAGAAGCACUCCGAGCCUUCGAUCUCAACGGUGGCAGGGACUGCUCCGGUAGCUCCGUUGCCAUCACCACCACCAACUCAGCCCCACUCUCUGGAGAUUAAAGAUGUCAAUCCACUUGAAACAGACAGUGAGCAGAACAAGCAUGCCUACUCUGUUGCGCUUGCAUCUGCUGUCGCUGCUGAAGCUGCAGCGGUUGCUGCCCAGGCUGCUGCGGAGGUUGUCCGCCUCACAGCAGUUACCACGGCUGCACCAAAAAUGCCUGUUAGUUCAAUGGAAGAACUUGCUGCCACCAAGAUUCAGACUGCCUUCAGGGGUUAUCUGGCAAGGAGAGCAUUGCGGGCACUAAGAGGGCUAGUUAGAUUGAAGUCGCUUGUUGAUGGAAAUGCUGUCAAACGCCAAACCGCUCACACCUUGCAAUGCACACAAACAAUGACAAGAGUUCAAACUCAAAUCUAUUCUAGAAGGGUGAAGUUGGAGGAGGAGAAACAGGCUCUUCAAAGGCAGCUCCAAUUGAAACAUCAAAGAGAACUUGAGAAAAUGAAGAUUGAUGAAGACUGGGAUCACAGCCAUCAAUCCAAAGAGCAAAUUGAGGCCAACCUUAUGAUGAAACAGGAAGCUGCAAUGAGACGAGAAAGAGCCCUUGCAUAUGCAUUUUCUCACCAGUGGAGGACUUCUGGUCGAACUAUAACCCCUACUUUUACGGAACCUGGGAACCCUAACUGGGGCUGGAGCUGGAUGGAACGCUGGAUGACCGCUAGACCUUGGGAGAGCCGAUUGGUGGCAUCAGACAAGGAUCCUAAAGAACGUGCUCUGACAAAGAAUCCAAGCACCAUUACUGUUCAAGCCGCAUCUGUACCCCGUGCCAUCUCAAUCCAGAGACCAGCUACACCAAACAAGUCAAGCCGGCCACCAAGCCGGCAGUCACCUUCAACUCCACCAUCGAAGGCCCCAUCAACCUCAGGAAAGACCAGGCCAGCAAGUCCAAGGGGCAAUUGGCUGUACAAGGAGGAUGACCUGAGGAGCAUCACAAGCAUCCGCUCUGAGCGCCCAAGGAGGCAGAGCACAGGUGGAGGAGGCUCAGUCCGGGAUGAUGCAAGCCUGACGAGCACACCACCUCUCCCCAGUUACAUGCAAUCGACAGAGUCUGCAAGGGCGAAGUCUCGAUACCGCAGUCUACUGACUGAGAAGCUUGAGGUUCCUGAGAGAGCACCUUUGGUCCACUCUGUUGUUAAGAAGCGCCUGUCGUUCCCUGUCGUCGAUAAGCCAAGUGUUGUGCCGACAGAUAAGCCAAAGGAAAGAGUGAGACGCCAUUCAGAUCCUCCGAAGGUCGAUCCUGCAACACUGAAGGAUGUCCCUGCUGCUUGAUCAGGCCUUGUGAUUUAGGUUUUGUGUUUUUUUUUUAACUCCGUGAUGUAUUAUCUGAGUUAGGUUGUUUUACUCCUGUCAUGUAUGAUCUGUCCGGGUUGAUUUGAGAUAAUUCUAACUGUGUUUACAGACAAUGCGUGAUGCUAAAUGUAUGUGUGGUUGGCUUUCAAUGUACGGAUAUGGCAAUAUUUGACUAGACUUUGUUAAGGUGCAAA